AGUUUUCUGUGUUGAUCCUCUCCAGGGCUUUCCCCCGACCUCCAGUCCAUGGAGCAGGUGAGAAGGGUGAUGCGUCCCACCGACGUUCCCGACCAGGGCCUCCUCUGCGACCUGCUGUGGGCCGACCCGGACAAGGACGUGCUGGGCUGGGGCGAGAAUGACCGCGGCGUCUCCUUCACCUUCGGUGCAGAUGUGGUCACAAAGUUCCUCCACAGACAUGAUAUGGACCUGAUUUGUCGAGCCCAUCAGGUGGUUGAGGACGGAUAUGAGUUCUUUGCUAAGAGACAGCUGGUGACGCUGUUUUCAGCCCCAAACUACUGCGGGGAGUUUGACAACGCCGGGGCCAUGAUGAGCGUAGACGAGACCCUCAUGUGUUCAUUCCAGAUCCUGAAACCUGCAGAUAAGAAGCUGUUCUACGGCGGCGGGGGCGGCAUGGGCUCCGGCCGCCCAGUCACCCCUCCCAGGAAAGCUAAGAAAUGACAGCCGUAGUCUGCUUUUUGUCCUCCGGCCCAUCCCUCCUGCCCUCUCUACCUCUCUUCUCCUUUCUUUCACCAAACAGCCAGAAAUGAAACCUAUACCCAGGGCUUUUUUUUUUUUCCUUUUUUAUCUGUACUUCUUAAACAUUUAAUGUAACGAAUUGUCUGAGUGGGUGCGUGCGUGCGCGGACUAUAAACUUGUCUCGUCUGCAGGUGAGCAUUAAAAAUCGCAUGUAGAUUUUUGCAAAAAAUAUUGAAAGGUUUAUACUUUCCCCUCGCUCUGACCACUCUUCCAGUGGCCACGUUGAAACCACAGGGUCUGUCUCUAAGGUAAUUGGACUGAAAAAGCAGGGUUUUAAAGACAAUGGCAGCUUGCUGUCAUGGCUGCUUUGGCAGCCAAACUGCCUGCAGGCGCCGCGCAUACUUGCAGAGAAUAAGAGGGGGGGAGGCGUGUUUUUGUUUUCCCUGUUUCUGUACUGUAAAAUCUCAAACACAGGUGUGCGUGUGGGUCUGCUGUGUCUUGCCGAGUUUGCUGUAAUGUCUCAUUAUCUCUCGCCGAGGAGGAGUUGCAUCAUUUCCAAGCAAGCACAUGCUUACACACACGCAAACUCAAACGACUCGUCAGAUUCAUAUGAGCCAGAGCUGUAAAAAAAAAAAAAAAAAAAAACCCCAUACAGUUUAGGUUUGUACAGAUUUGAUUACUUGAAAGAGAUUUUUUGUGAAUUCGUUUUGUAGUCUUUCAUCAAGUUGACCAAUAAACCGAGAAUCUGAGCUG